AUGGGAGAUCACAGGGCUAUUAAAGCUGUCAAGGCUGGAGACUUGACUACCUUGGAACAGCUGCACAUAGAUGGUGCUCUGGGCCAGAAUAUUACUGAUUGUCUAGGAGCUGGCCUGGUCCAUCAUGCAUCACGAGCAGGCAGACUAGAGUGCCUCAAGUUCUUGGUGCUGCAAGCAAAGCUUCCCGGGAAUCAGAGAGCAAACAAUGGUGCAACUCCGGCACAUGAUGCAGCAGCUGUGGGCAACUUGGCUGAAUUGCAGUGGCUGAUCAAAGAUGGAGAGUACAGCAUGCAGGAGGAAGAUGCUUCUGGGGCUUCUCCCCUCCAUUUGGCUGCUCGCUUUGGGCACUCAGAAGUUGUCAAGUGGCUAGUCCAGGCAGGUUACAACACUGCAUCAGAGACCCAGGAAGGAGCAAUUCCAGCACAUUAUGCAGCUGCUAAGGGAUCUCUCACCUGCCUGAAACUGCUGGUGGCUACAGACUGCAGUUGUAUGAACAAGCAGACUCGGAGUGGAGCUACCCUGCUGUACCUUGCCUGUCAGGAGGGCCAUCUUCAUAUCGUCCAGUUCCUGGUGAAGGACUGUGCAGCUAAUGUGCACUUGAGAGCACAUGAUGGCAUGACGGUGCUGCAUGCAGCUGCCAGUAGUGGCCACUAUGCUGUUGUCAUCUGGCUGGCAACUUUCACUGACAUCAACCUCGGAGCCCAGGACGAGGAAGGAGCCACUGCACUCCAUUUUGCUGCCAGAGAAGGCCACACAACCAUUGUGGACAGGCUGUUCCUUAUGGGAGCUGAAGUGGUGCUAGACCACUGGGGAGGAACCCCUCUCCAUGAUGCAGCAGAGAAUGGGCAGCUGAAGUGCUGCCAAAUGCUUAUCUCCCACCAAGUAGAUCCUGGCAUACAUGAUAGGGACGGUUACACUGCACGAGACCUGGCAGAAUACAAUGGACACCGGCAAUGUGCACGUUAUCUGCAAGAGGUGGAGAAGAUGGUAAUUGAAAUACUGGCCCAGGGUGAAAAGAGAGAAAAAACAGAAGUAAAAAUACCGAGCACUCUCCUUGUAAUGCUGGAGGAGCUGGGAGCCUCAGAUAUUGAUGCCCUUGUGCCUACCCAUGAUGAGCGAGGAUGUUCCAUCCCAGAGUGGAAGCGGCAGGUGAUGGUGAGGAAACUGCAGGCCCAGCUGGCAUCUGAAGAAGGAAUGAGCAGGAAGAACAAGAAAGGCUGUGCUCUGGAGCAAGAUGACUGGCAGUAUUCCCAGGCACACAAUGCCAUUCUGGGUCCCUAUGGGGAGCUUCUGACUGAGGAUGACCUACUGUAUUUAGAGAAUCAGAUUGAGAAGCUGCAGAUGAGGAAGAAGUGCCAGGAGUAUGAGAGUGAGCUAGGACGCCUGACAGAGGAAUUGCAGACAGUUCUCCCAACUCCCAUUGUCAAUAUUACAGUGAACAGUCAGUUUCUGCAGCAAGGAUCUGAGGAGAACAGCCAGGAGCUCCCUGCCUGGUGCAGCCACAUGUCUGGAGUGGUAAAGAGCAUGUCUCUGUUGCUUAACAACAUCAAUGGAAUGAAGAAAGAAGAGAAUGAGAGACUAGCUCCACAGGUACUUCCUAAAUCACGAAAGAAUGAUGUUAUGUCCGGAGGGUCUGCCAAAAGAGAGAUCCUGGAGUGUGGGGUCUCCGUAAAAAAUCUAAGAGGCAGUUUUGAGAAACGAGCUCUCUUGGGACAACACAAACCCUUUGAGCUCCAAGGACUGAAAGCCAUGCCCUGGGAACAUGGAACAGGGAAGGAGAGAAGUCCACAAAUGUUAUCAUAUGUUUGUGAGGGCAAGAAGAAAAUUCUUUGUGAGGACCAUGAGUCUGGAGACAUGGAGAAUGCCAGUGAUUCUGGCAUCAGCUGUGAGGAAGCCACCUCUGAGGUGACUGGGUCUCCUGUCUCCAUAGCAGAGUCUAGCGUGCUCCGAAAGGAACGUAUUGUGCUGCUUUUUUUAAGUCACUGGAAAAAAUCUGCCUACACUCCUUCCCUGAAGUUCAUGGCUAGGAAGACCGUAAAAGCCUCAGAUCCUGCAAAGGUGGGGCUGGUAGACAUUAUGGCAGAAGUUAAGAAGCAGCAAGCUCCUAUGCAGAAGCCUUUGGUGGAAAUGAGCAAGCUUGGCCAUUUAGUUCGACAGAGAUAUGCUAUCAAAAAUCUAAUUGACCGCUGGAAGGACAUAAUCUCUCUUGUACCAUCUCGGCAGAUCAGGCGCCUUAGUCACCAGCACACAGUCUAUUCCCCAGAACAGUUUCUCCCAUAUGUGAAUGGUAAGCCUGCUGAUUACAAUAGCUUAACUCUUGACCUGUUUAUGCUGGGCUAUUUCCACAUCCUAGAGCUGGACCUCUCCCCUGAAGAACGGAAGAGAAGGCAUCUCCUUUGCUUUGAAGUCUUUGACCACUUGGGUAGGCAUCGAUGGGAAACAGUGCGUGCCUUUCACAAAGCAGUGAUCGAUGAGAUUGUUGCAGGCAAAAGAGGCUGGAAAGAUAGCUUUGAGGACAUUAAGACAAGGUUUUUCAGUAACUCAGUCAAUAACAUAGAACUCAAAACAUCAUCUGUUGAAAGAAAUCUGAAAUCGGAAUCCAGCAAUAGUGUGGUUCUUGAGCAGGGAGAUGGUGUUCCACGAAAAUGCUUUGAGCUAGGAAGCUUCAGUAAUGAUGAAAUCUGCAAGUACAUUGAAAGGAGCUUUGCCUUCUGGAAAGAAAAAGAAGCAGAGAUGUUCAGUGUUGAGGGUUCAGGUCAUCCUUUACAUUAG